AGAGCAUGAUUCCUUCUCAAAAACAACAACAACAACAAAAAACUAAAAAGCGUCCACAAGUUUUGUAGAAAAUACAAAAGCCUUCAUAUUUUUCCUGACACUUAGGGCCACAGAGGCCAAGCUAGAACCCUAACACCAUGGAAUAAGGAGUGUUCUCCAGGGCAGGAUUCCUCAUCCUAAUUCUCCCUGUGUGCCUAUGUAAGUUCAUUUAGGAAAAACUUUAUUAUAUUUUCAGUGAUAUCUUUCAUUAAAUUAUGAUAUCUGUACCUAUUUUAAAAUAUUGAACUAAAAGGGAACAAUAUAAUCUCUUUUUUAAAGAAAGGGCCUCCAGAGAAAAGCCUGCAUUUCAUAGAAUUUAAAAUGGAUUCUCUACUAUGUCUAGCAAUUGAUUGGAUCCCUUUGCAUUGUAAGGCUCAGGUUCUCUUUCAUGUCCUGUAGAUACUGAGGAAGUUAUUUACGCAAUAACUAUUAACCAAUUAAUGAAUGUUCCAAUUAAGUUGUUUUAAUUGCCCAAGUUAUCCUCAAUAUGAACUAUUAUAAUAUUGAGUCGUGUUGACCCGUUUGAUAACAUUUUGGUAGAAAGUAACUGUAUUCAAACAAACAAACAAACAAAAAGAAGUGAACACUCUUCUUACCUAAAUCACAAAUUAUUUUGUGAAUUAAAGAUGCCAGCACCUGAGACUUGAGGAGCAGAAUGAUGCUGGCAGUAAACCCUUUAUAGACUUUCUACUGUUUGGGGGUGUGGAGGAGAAAAAGAGCCUGAAAAAAAGAGGUCAAAUGGACUCCUUCUUCCUAGAAGGCUGACCCCAGGAAUCCUCUGAAAGACACCUCUACCUCUACCCUAUGCCCUCUCUUCAAAUGACAAAAUCUACUGGAAAUCUCCUGUGUUCCAAGAGGUGAACAGUCCUUCAUGUGGCACCCCCACUCCUCGAUUCUCCGUGAGCCUUUACAACUGGCCAGAUGGUGGGGGGUCUCCCGGCCUCUCUGUCAAACAGUUGUGUCUGUGUCCACUGCAGAAGACGUUCUGUGUUUCUGGUGAACCUGUCCAAAGAGGCUCCUGCCUCUGACAGAAGAGUAGGUCCGGGGGAUGGGCCAGGCAUCUAAGUAGAUCCAAGGGGUUGGAAACCAAGUUCUCUGAUUUACACCUCAGAACAGCGGAAGCACAAGGACUGGUGGAAACAAAGGUACAGGGUAUGUGAGAUGCAGCCAUUCGAGGCCUCCAGGACCUACACUGGUUGUGUUAGAGACCCCUUUUGGUUGUUCCCCUGGACCGCAACCCUGAGCCCCCGUGGCGGACCCUAAGGUACUACUACCUGCAGACUACCCCACCAUUAUCUGUUGUCCAUGCAUGAGAACUAGGGUUAGAAUGGCAAACCAUGCUAAGAGGAGCUGAAGCAGCUUGGGAAACCAGUAGGCUUCUAAGAUGAACUUCAUGAACUCUCUCCUAAUAGUGGGUGCUUUGUGGGUUUCAUUCAUAAGCAACAAAUCCUUUGCUAAAAAAACUGCAACAAACAAACAUAAACUCCCUGGUAGAGAAGUGGGCAGAUAUUCUGUACCAGAUACAUCCUAGCUACUGCUGAGUUAAUAAUGACAACUUCCAAUCUGGACAUGCAGAAUCAAGAGGAAUGAAAUAGCUUCCCUUUUUCUGUCCACAUCAGUUAUCUUUUGCUGUGUAAUAAAUUACCCCCAACACUUAGGGGCUUAAAAUAACAUUUAUAGUCUCACAGCUUCUGUGGGUCAGGGCGCCAGGUGCAGCCUGGACCACAGACCCUCUGGUUCUGAAUCUCUCACAAGGCUGCAUCUCAAACCUCAACUAGGGUAGGAUCCACUUUUCCAGCUUUUUCACACGUUGUCAGCAGGACUCAGUUUCCCUUGAGCUGUUGGUUUGUUGCCAGAUGGGUCCCUUUGCAGAGCAUCUCACAGCACAGCAACUUGCUCCACUAGAGUGAGCAGUGCUAGGAGUGCUAUGAACCUCUCUCAAAGUUGAGCUGUCCAUUUAGAAAGGAAACUUACAAGGUGUCCUCUAUUCCAGGAACUUCAGCAUUUUCCUGAUUAAGGACCACUUUUAAUUUCCCCAGGGUUCUACAAAAGACCAAAAAAAGUGUGGGGGCUGUGGAGGAAACAGCGUGACCACAGGAAGUCCCACCCACUUCACCUCCCCCAGGUCUCGGGAAUUCUCAUAAGCUUGGCGUGGAGGUUUGGCGAAGCUGCAAGAUCAUACGGAGGGUGGUAUGGAACCUGCUCUCCUCCUGAGAGCACAGAAAGGGCACUCGUUAUCCCAAACAGAUGACUUUGGUCAAAAACGCCUUUGGUCAAAAUUUCCAAAGGAGGAAAUCAGUGCCUAGGCUUAGAACAAAGUCUUAAGCAAACCGGAAACAUCUGAGAGGAUUAAAGAAGUUCAGGUGUCAGGCAUUAAAAUUAUGGUUGGUUGCUGCGCAUCUCAUUAGGGGGGAAAAAAUAGAAAUGUACUUAAAUGGACCAGAGGGGAGUCAUAAGGUUGAUUUUCAGGGCUGAGUGAUCUGAACUGCAGAGACAACCUUAGAGAGAAAAUCCAUAUUGGCCAGAGACCAAGUUAAUGGAAAAUUUAAUUGAAGCGAAUGAAUGCUCAGCCUCAUAGGUAGUACGGCCCUGUGCCCUUUGAACCAGAAAGGCUGGGCCAGGAGGCCACAGAGGUCCCUAAGGGAAAACUCCCUUAUCUGCAAGAACAAGGGGCGGGACUGAGUUUGAGAAAAGAAAAUCUGCAAACCUCCACAGGAGCCUCAGUGAAAGGCUGCACGCAGGGGAGGAAACCUUCGGUUUCGGUCACCAGGAAGUCCCUUAGAGAUUCACAGCAGAAGGCCCCUCUGCAUCCCACAGCACCAAGCACGUGCUGGAAACCGGGGGUCCCCCAGAGGAGAGCGGGAGAGGCUGCCGGGUGGCGGAGACACAACCACCAAGCCAAGACAGUCACCACUGAAGAGUACCUGGUGAACCCUGUGGGCAUGAACCGCUACGGUAUGGACCCCUCCGCCUCCACCUUUAACCACAGGGGCUCCUUGCCCCCCUCCUCCUCGCUGUACUGCAAGAGGCAGAACUCUGGAGACAGCCACCUUGGGGGAGGUCCUGCUGCCACAGCUGGUGGUCCCCGCACCAGCCCCAUGUCUUCUGGUGGCCCCUCGGCACCUGGGCUGAGGCCCGCAGCCUCCAGUCCCAAGAGAAAUGCAACCUCUCUUGAAGGAAACAGAUGUGCCUCAAGCCCUUCUCAGGAUGCGCAGGAUGCCAGGCGGCCACGGAGCAGGAACCCCUCCGCCUGGACUGUGGAGGACGUGGUGUGGUUUGUGAAGGACGCCGACCCGCAGGCUCUGGGGCCUCACGUGGAGCUCUUCAGAAAGCACGAGAUUGAUGGCAAUGCUCUGCUGUUGCUGAAGAGUGACAUGGUCAUGAAGUACCUGGGCCUGAAGCUGGGACCCGCACUAAAACUCUGCUACCACAUUGACAAACUGAAGCAAGCCAAGUUCUGACUUUUUAAAAAAGACACAAGCGAAACCCAAAACAACAGAUCUCAAGAUUAUCUUCUGCCUUACCAACAUCCCACCAAUAUCACAAAAUAGACUCUCCUCUUAAAAUUAACAGCCACAAAGACGUGGUCUUUUUAUAAAACUUGUGAAUCUUUGCCUUUUAAAGAAUUUAACGUGGACCUUUUUGAAAGGCUCCUCUGUGUUAAUAAUUUGCCAAAAAAUUACAAAAGCCUCUGAUUUUUAACAUCCCUAUUAUGCUGAUUUCUCUUAAAGUGGGUCCUAUUUGCAUAACGAGAGAGUGGGGAACUGAAUGCUUAUGUCCAAGGAAAGUUCUGGAGGGUUCAAAGGAUGAAAGAAGGACCUUUGUCCCUGCAGUCUCUGCAGGGACACCCACCUCAGCACCAUCUGCCUCUGACUCUGACCUGGGGACCUAUCCAUGUGAGCCUUGUUUGCCUCAGCUCUGGAAGCUGACUUCUGAAGAUGACUGCCUCACCUUGCACUAUCUGGAAAACUUGAAUUAUUUUGCUCCAUGAAAGAAAAGGAAAAAAAAAAAUCUUUUCUAUUCCUAGAAAAUCUGAAGUACUGUGUUGCUCCGCUAGAGGGCAGACUGCUAAUGAAAUUUCAGGACCCUCACUGACUGCAGUAGCAAGAUUAUUCAGUACUGAGUGGAUGGGUUACGGUGUCUGUGAACAAGAUCUAGCCCACACAGAAACAGGGGAUUUAUUCCACAGUUAGCACCACAGAUUGCGACUUGGGAAGAAACCAUCAGCUAGAGGGGUCUAGUUCGUAUCCAAUCAUUAUUGACUGACUGACUGAUACUCAACUAGCAAAGGCAAGAAUUUGGAAGCACGCUCUACCCAGAUGGGACUUUGGAGUUCCUUCUCUUCCAGAGUCCUCAUUGAGGUGUUGAAGUGUUGGCAUGCCGAAGAAUCUUAGUGACAUUUAGCCAUGGGUGUUUCUUUAAAAAAGGAAAAGAAAAUGUCUCAACGAAGCUUUGAAAUGGGAGAGUGUUGAUUUCUAGUUACAUUGCUGGGUUAUGUAGUUGUAUCUGUGGCUAAUUUUUCUAGUCCUCAACAAAUACACAGACAUGCUAUUAUGGGGUUUAAUUCAAUUUACAGAUAGGUUUUCCUUCCUCACCGUGGAGUAAUAGAAAAAAUUGAUUUUCUGCCCCUUUGCAGCUGUGUCCAGAGAAGGACAAUGAAUCCACAAUUUAUUAGGCAGAGGGACAACUUCUCCACCGUUCAUUUUAUCCUUCCCUUUUCUCUGUUUCCCUCCCUGUCUCUUCUUCUUCACACUGAGCAGAAAACAUAUCUUCAAAAUGAAUUCACCUUUGCCAUGUGCAUAAUCUCUUCCUUAAGAGGACAUCAACAGUGUCGGAGAUGAGGAGAUGAACAUUAGAUUUUGGAAUUUCUGGGAGGGAGAGGGUUAGGGAUGACUCAGGGCCUCCCUUGGCCCAAUGGUGAAUCAGAAAAGGCACCCCUUUCUCUGGAAUACAACCUGAGCAGGGGUCUCAGCUAGCAAGUGGAGCCGGGUGGGAGCUCAACCUCCUCACCCCUUGAUCAGCUGCCGUUGUGCAGAACAUGAAUUGCAUAACCUUGAGGGCAGCCCUGGGUAGAUCUGCAUAGUGACCCUCUAUAUAGUUAGAAUCCAGAUGAAGGCCAUAAGAAAUAGUCCAUGUCAUGCCGUUAGACCCGCUUUGAUGUGCUGUAUUUGAGAAAGCACAUCGUAGCCUCCUUUUCAGACACACAAAUGGUGGCUGGACUGAGAGCAUAGCAGAGAAGGGGAGGAGGAGAAUGUACUAAACUUGCUCACUGAAUUGAGCUAGAGUGUGGAAGAGCUUGAUAUCUGAUGGUUUUGUUACAGGAAGGGGUUCCCGAUCCAGACCUCAAGAAAGGGCGCUUGGAUCUCAUGCAAGAAAGAAUUCAGGGCGUGUCCAUAGAGUAAAGUGAAAGCAAGUUUAUUAAGAAAGUAAAGGAAUGAAAGAAUGACUACCCCAUAGUCAGAGCAGCUCUGAGGGCUGCCAGUUGCCCAUUUUUAUGAUUAUUUCUUGAUACUAUGCUAAACAAGGAGGGAUUAUUCAUGCCUCCUCCUUUUAGAUCAUAUAGGGUAACUUCCUGACAUUGCCAUGGCAUUUGUAAACUGUCACGGCACUGGUGGGAGUAUAGCAGUGAGGACAACCAGAGGUCACUCUCGUUGCCAUCUUGGUUUUGGUGGGUUUUAGCCAACUUCUUUACUGCAGCCUGUUUUAUCAGAAGGUCUUUAUGACCUGUGUCUUGUGCUGACCUCCAAUCUCAUCCUGUGACUCAGAAUGCCUUCGCCUCUGGGAAUGCAGCCCAGGAGGUCUCAGCCUCAAUUUUACCCAGCUCCAAUUCAAGAUGGAGUUGCUCUGGUUCAAACGCCUCUGACAGGUUCAGCACCUGAGAAAAGUACCUUGAAUCAGGCGUUGGGGCAGAGUCUUCAAGAUUUUAAGGUGAUAGGGCCUGUCUCUCAAGAGUUUAUUAAGCUCACUGCUGGUCUAGAGUUAGAUACAUUUCCCUCAAAACAGCCAGGGACAGGUUAUGUAUUCAGAACUGCCAGUGCGAAAACAAUGAGAUCCAGAAAAAUCCCACAACAACCCAGGUUUUUCACUCAUCUUUUUUUUUCUCAAUCUUCCGAUACUUGUGGUACCUCUUCCACGAACAGAUACCUCAUGUAGUGACUUCCAGUAUUAAGUUUUCAAAACUUCCUACCCACCCUCGUCAGUGCCUCCCUCACUACAGAGUCACAAACAUUGGUGCUCUCAAAUAAAAAUCAGCCCCAAACAAUGUCAUAGAGAUCCCUCGAGUAGUUUUCAGGGGAGAGAUAGGUUCUCAUUUGAAGUCUCGGAGAAAACUGGAUCCAUGUUCACGUGGAACUGCUCUCACGGAGGUGCUAUCUCAUUUCGCAUUAAACUUUAAGCAGGACAGAUUGCUGAAGCCAUGAUAUUUGAGGUUUGACUUUUUAAAAAUCUCAUUACUCUUAAAAUAAAUGCUGCCACAUCAUAGAAUAACCUGGGGAGGAAAAUCUUCCUUGACUGCUUCUGCACUGAAAUGCAAUUAACCAACUAAAUUAUUGUAGCAAUACUGCAAUUAUAAUUAAUUUUCACCCCUCUCAAAAAUCUUGUCAAACCAGGAGGCUAAAUAGCUUCACAAAUGUAAAACACACCAGGCCAUUUCCUCUAAACAGACCUUAAAGGGUUAGGUCACGUGGGUCACCCUUGUCCAAAUGAGAACCGACUUGAGGGCAUCGCACUUGUAUAGAUAUGGUACUUGUUAUUCCAUUGCAGUAGCUUUGCUUCAGGUUGUAGUGAAUAAUGAUAUCGUUUUGCAUAAUUCCAAAUUAGAGUGUGUAUGUGUGUGUGCCUGUGUUCAUGCUCCAAACAUUUCCAAUUACACUUGUCUGUUAAACACCGAAAAAAAAAAAAUCAAGAGACAAUUCUAUUGCCUAAGGCCUUUUAAAUAUUUCAUGAAUCACAUUAUUCCCUGUGCGAAGACUUUAGGUGAAAGCCGUGGGUCUUGUCUCUGUGUGUGUGUGUGUGUGUGUGUGUGUGUGUGUUUCCUGACACUGUAGUUGGAAGAGCCUUAGGAAGUGAGUGCUUGGGAGUGUACGAGCCAUUGCCUUUGCUUGGUUUGCAAUACGGAGGCAGAACCCACUGUGGUCUGGUUGCUACUACUAAGUGCCCCCUCUUAUUCUACUAGGGUAUGCCCUUGAGGAAGCCGGGUGACCAGGGCUGCUCUGGGACUCUGGGCCUGCCCCCUCAGGAGGAUGAUUGUAUGUGUCAAGCCUGGGCUCCAGGUGACUCUGGGGAAACGCCUUGCUGGGGAGCCCACGGCAGGGAACAAUUGUCUUGUGGGCAUUUAGCACCUACCAGAGAGUACACGGAGCUCUCACCAUUUCCCUGCAGCAGGGCUGCUACCAACUAUAUUAAAUACAUUGGGAAGGAAUAUGGGACUAGGGCUGGUUUACUGGAGAAGGAAACCAGUGACAGAGGGAGGCCUACACCAUAAGUUUCUUAGGAAAACAAUGAAAGCAGCGAUUCUAACAGCCCCAACCCUUCAUGCUGCAAUAACCUAUUUUUGUAUCUAUGUGCUGUAUGGAAUAGUUCUUAUUUUUUUUAUUAAAAUUCUUUUAAAAUUA